AUGUGCAUCGAAGUGAAUAUUUUCAACACAGAUAAUCUAUUGACAGUAUUAAAAUUUUUGAGAGAUCAAUUACCUCAAUCGCUUCUUCCUUGUCAACUACUUACAUAUGUCUACUCGAAGAUAAUUACUCGAGAAGAUAUUUAUCCACAGAUCUUUGUUAAUCAUCCGACUGAAAUCAAAUGCGUUAUAAUACUCUAUUCUAUGCCUGGUCUCGUUCCCAAUUGGAAUCUUACUCAAAAUUAUAUUCGGAAUGUUGCAAUUGUUUGUGACAAAGAAUAUACGAAAAAUGUUCUUGUUGAAAUGUUAAUAAAAUGUAUUCCAUGGAAUCAGAAACUUAUGUUUUGUGCUAUUGAACAACGUAAUAUAACACCGAUAAUCGAACAAUUUAUAGAAGAGAAGAAAAUUAGUAACUAUGAAAUAUGGACAUAUAUUCAAUUUCAAUUAGACAAAAAUGUAUUUAUGGAAAAAUUGAAAAUACUUUCAACAACAGUUCCACCAGGAAUUGAAAUUCGACCAUUGAAAUCAGAAGAUGCAUACAUUAUUAUGGAAGUUGGAGGUUACAAAUCAUAUGAUAUGUAUACCAUAGAUCAAAUUCAAUUUUCGAUUAAAAAAUUAUGCACCAUGGGUGCAUAUCUUGAUGGCAAACUAAUUGGUUGGCGACUUUUGCUAUACGAUGGUUCUUUCGACAUGGUAUAUACGCUUCCUGAAGCUCGUCGACUCGGACUCGCAUCUCUGUUAAGUGUUCUAUUAACGACAGAAAUGUUAAAAAUGCAGGAACGUGUUUUUGGGUAUACAGCUUUAAAUAAUCAAAAAUCAGUGGGAUUAGCGGCUAAAAUGGGAUUUUAUGAAACAGGCUUAUAUGAUUGGAUUGUAUUCGAACCGAACGAUAUCUCCGUCAAAGAAGAUCAACGGCAUCCUCAGAUACUGAAAUCUUCUAUCUAA